UCUACUCAACGAAUGUUGGAGACACUUGAUGACGUGCCCCUGUUCCGAGCCGAGGACCUCUCUUACGAAGAUUUUUGUGUUUUCAUGACAGAAAACCGUCCGUGCAGAAUCUCAGGCAUCACGGAGCAGUGGCGCGCCACGAAGGAAUGGGUCCUGAAUGCUCAAGUGAACACGAGAAGACUUCGGGAACUCUUCGGAGAUUCCGUCGCUCCGAUUGCGGAUUGUCAACGCAGUGAGUACGGGUCUCAACCGAAAACCGAGAUGACCAUAAAUAAUUAUCUGGAUUACUGGGAGGAACAUAGACGACCCGCAGUCGACGAGCAUCGUUGGGCUAACACGGCGCAAGAGAAGUGUCUCUAUCUCAAAGACUGGCACAUGCAGCGUAAUUUUCCCGAAUUCGCAGCUUAUUCAGUACCGCGGUACUUCUCCUCGGAUUGGUUAAAUGAGUUCUGGUUGGCCAGCGAUGGUCAGGACGACUACCGGUUUGUCUACAUCGGACCCAAAGGGUCCUGGACACCUUUGCAUUGUGAUGUGUUCGGCUCCUUCUCAUGGUCGGCGAAUAUCUGCGGAGAGAAGUUGUGGAUUUUCCUGCCACCAGGCGAGGAAGUUUAUUUCAAAGAUAUCAAUGGCAAGCUCGCGCCUGACAUAACGCACAUCACGGAUCGGGAUCGAUAUCCAAAAUUGCACGAACAAAAACCGGUUCUCAGAGUUCUCCAGAGAGCCGGUGAAACGAUUUUCGUGCCUUCCGGCUGGCAUCAUCAAGUUGUCAACACCGAGGACACGAUCUCUAUCAAUCAUAACUGGUUCAACGGGUACAAUUUGUUCCAUGUGGCGGAGCACCUUCAGAAUGCAGAAAAUGAAGUGAAAAAAGAGCUGAGCUUCAUGGAGUCCGAUGAAGCCUUCGGGAGUCAGGUGGAAAUCGUUCUCAGGGCGCAUCACGGCAUGAACCGCCACGAUUUCCGUGAAAUUUUGGAUUUCAUCGCCCGGAGGCGCUUGGAAUGCCCGGAAGAUCAGAACGCACGUUUCGACUUGCUGAAGUGUUGUGAAUUCUUGGAGGACUCUGUGCUAAAGGAUGAGAUCAAGGUCUUGCUGAGUGAUUCGAUGCCCAACGGAGUUCAUCGAUAAUGUAUAUCAGCUCAGCGGCUCGUCUCUAACCUUUGUCCAUCAUCGCCGCAUCGCUCACUCACAGCCUGCGUAGGCGAUCCCAUGCGCGUACAGCGCGUGUUUUGCCCUGUGAAUAAAGCUCGAACC